CUCGGACAGUAAAAGGGUCUGUAAAGAAUGAUUAGCAGAGGGUGGCUAUCGACUAUAAGCCAUUCAGACAACAAGAUGUCCCGGGAGGGGAGAGGACUAGGGAAGAUUUUCUUCCUUUAACAAAAUAGCUACUGUAUACUUUCAGAUCUGAUGAAAGUGGACAAGUUUGAAGUAGCAUUUUAGAAGGCACUGGUAGUGUUAUCAUACAAGUAUGAUGACCAGUGGAUUCAGUAUGGAUUCAGAGGAGGUCGUGGUGGAAAUGGAAGAAACUGGAAGCUCCUCAGAUUCUCAACCAGGUUAGUUUUUGAUCAAUCCUGGAGUACGAGAAACAUGAGGUGAAAAUUAAAUACAAUUGAAUUGUGUUAUUCUGUAUAUUCAUUUAGGGUGGUACGAUGCUUUUUACAGGCCAAGCAGCCCCUUUUUCUGUGGUCUCAGGGUUGCGAAUAAUCCUGAUCGGAGAGAGAGAGGCAGGGAAGAGUGCUGUGGGCAACGCCAUCCUGGGCAGAGGGGUGUUUGACACAGUGGGGGUGAGAACCAGGGAGGCGGUAAGGCGGCAGGGCGAGGUGGCCGAGAGGCAAGUGACGGUGGUGGACACGCCUGGUUGGGAGUGGUUCCCCUCCAGGGGCUCCUCUCUGGGGGUCCGGAGGGAGAUCGUCCGGGGCGUGUCGCUGUGCCAGCCUGGCCCCCACGCCGUGCUCCUGGUGGUGCCCCUCUCCUUCACCUUCACCAGACGGGAGCGGCAGGCGGCUGAGGAGCAUGUGGAGUUGUUGGGGGAGCGGACUUGGGGGCAUACCGUGGUGCUGUUCACUGUGAAGGGAGGGCGGCUGAAGGACUCCACCCUGGAGGAGGAAGUGGAGGAGAGCGAGGAGCUCCGGGGCCUGGUGGAGCGAUGCGGGGGCCGCUAUCAUGCCCUGUAUGGGAGGCCCAGGAAGGGCCACGAUGCCGUGGCAGAGCUACUGGAGAAGCUGGACAACAUGGUGGCCAAGAACAGAGGGGAGUUGCUUUCCAGCGAGGAGAUACUGGAGGAGGCCAGGGAGAAGGAGGAGGAGGAGGAGAGGAGGCACCAGGAAGAGGACAGGGAGAGAGAGGAGGAUCUGAGGAGGGUCAGGGAGGCUUUGAGAGAGCUGGAGAUGGAGGAGGAGACAGAGGAGGUGCAAGGGGAGGGAGAGGAGGCCACAGAGGAGUCCACGAGACAGCAGAGAGGGAGGAGGAGAUACAUAGAGGAGAAAUCAGACAGUGAGUAAAACACUAUGCUAUACCUACAGUACUCACUGAGAAAGUUGUUUUAUGUGAUUAACAAUAUAUACUGUAUGUCUGCCAGUAUUUUCCCAAUGUGUGUAAACGAUAAAGAAUGGAAUGUAAAAAUACAUUGUACUUACACAUUUUGUGUGGUUCAACAGCAGGUGUGGAAAGCAGCUCUGCAGUUCCUACAUCAGCCCCACCACACCUCACCUGGUCUGACCUCAAGACCAUUGUCAGUCAGAGAUGUAAGACACAAUAAAAGAGGGGAGAAGACACAGAAAGAUAAAGACCUUGCUGACUUCCUGAUGGUCUAUAACAUUAUACUGACUGCAGUCCAAAAGGCAUUCAUAUCUUCCACUAUUGAUUUUGGAUAUGGAUACAAAACAAUGAGUAUAUUUCCAUGACAUAGACUGACCAGGUGAAUCCAGGUGAAAGCUAUGAUCCCUUAUUGAUGUCACUUGUUAAAUCCACUUCAGUCAGUGUAGAUGAAGGGGAGGAGACAGGUUAAAGAAGGAUUUUUAAGCCUUGAGACAAUUGAGACAUGGAUUAUUUAUAUUUGCCAUUCAGAUAGUGAAUGGGCAAGACAAAAUAUGUAAGUGCCUUUGAAAGUGGUAUGGUAGUAGGUGCCAGGCGGUUUGUGUCAAGAACUGAAAUUCUGCUGUGUUUUUCAUGCUCAACAGUUUCCUGUGUGUAUCAAGAAUGGUCCACCAACCAAAGGGGGGUUAUUAAUACGUGUCACAUAUCAGUUUGCAAACAAUGUAAAAAUCAAUAAAAAAAUAUUUGAGUUAAUAUAGCCUCCAUACAAACAUGGUCUAAUUUUUGCUUUCUUGAGUAAGGCAGUUCCAAAAUGAGGUGUUUCAGUCUAGCUCAGUGCUUUCUGUGGUGGUGGGGCAGCCAGCGGAAAAUACGGAGUUGGUAAUGUUCUCUAGCUGUGCCGUGAUUGGCUCAGUGUUCUGUCACUCAUGGGGACACUACGUCACCUCCAAAUCUAAGGUUAGAGCUCGAAAAUUCAAGCCCCUUGGGUGCUGCCAUAGAGUUACAUUAGAAGUGCCCAUCCAAGAAGGAUCAAGGUCAUUGGCCACAAAUAAAAUGACGUCAAAUCACGUUAUAUCUACAGUAGCUUUGAUUGGACUGAUCAUGUCAACAUCAUACUUUCAAAAUCUUAAAUAGCAGACAUCAUCAUGAAUCAAGUCGACAAUCUACUGGCAAAUCCUUUUUAAUCCUUGUCAUAUGAAGAUAAAUAAUGAAGAGAAAUUAUAGAUAAAACGUAUCAGUGCUCAUCGGCCAUUGGACAUAAACAUUACACAACAACUUGGAAAUCACAAAUUCAACAAUGAGUGGUUUGGAAGGAAUCAGUGGCUAACUGCAAGCAUUGCAAAGCAAUCACUAGCCUGCUAUUCAGUGGAUUGGGUGUGUGGUUCCAAUUCUGAGUUUAAGGGUCUCGUUUCCAAACUUAAAAUGAUAAACAUUCAACAUUGGCCAUGCUGUCAAUCCAGCAUAAUUUCUGCCACGCUCAAAACAACUGUUAACGCGGAACUGGGAAAUCGGACUUCAGUAAGUUCAAGACCACUGGGAAGUCGGGAAAAAAUUAGCUCCAACUGGGAAAAUACAUUUUGAACGGUCAUUCAACUCAGUAUUAUAAGUCGGGAACUUGGGCCUCUUCUAGAGCUACGACCUGAAGAUCACUGACGUCGUCAUGAUUCGACCUUGUUUUUUUCCGAGUUCCCAGUUGUCUUGAAAGCACCAUAAAUCCAGAGAAUGCCAGACUUUGAUGACAAAGUUUGAUGACAGAAUUUGCCCAAGAAGGACCGCCGCGCCACCUUCCUGUUCAAGUGAGCACAACAAGGUGAGUCCAAAAAUGUCUUGUAUGCUGCUGUAUAAAUGAUGUAAUAUGCCAGGGAGAUAUGUAUACUGUAGCUAAGAAAGUCAUACUAAGUGUAUGUUGUGCAGUAAACUGUUAGUAGCCCAUGUGCCUCACCCUAAUAAUUUGGUCCCCUCUUAAUUUCGCCUACUGUUCUGACUUGGUGCUGCACAUGUAGCCUAUAACCUGUUUUAGGGAAAUGUAAUCAUCAAAUAUUGUAAGAGCUUUCAUUGUCUGCUUAUAUGCCCCCUUUAUUUAUCCUAUGGUUCUGACUUGGUGUACAGGGAGUACACUGUAAGCACGGCCCAUGUUCUGAAUUCUGUCACUGUACAUUUCAAAAGUGCUGAACAAAUAGUUGUAUUGACUACACCCGUCCUAGCUCGCUCAUGAAUGUCUUAAUCGAAAUUACGGAUUGCCUCUUAUCCGCUUAUCAUCCCCUUAUGCCAUAGUUUGUACAUCUCAAUUGUCAGUAGAAACCACAUUUGUUUAAGCAAGUCAGCCAUAUCAGCUAUGUAUUUUUUAAAGGCAGUAAAUUAGGCUGAAUUAACUGUUUCGCCGCCAGACAAGGAUCCACUGAUAGCUAGGUGUAGCAGUGGUAAGAUGUUGGGACUUCUGUUGGGACAGCUUUAUGUAGGCACUAACAGUUUGUGGGCACCGUUUGUCACUGUUAUAGUGCAAUUAUUGUAUUGUUUAGUGUUGUGUUGUGUAGUGGCUUUGCUGGCAUGCAUCCCCCCAAUUUUUGUUUUUUGCCCCACCAAGAUUUACAUGCUAAAAUCACCACUGAUCAUUUCUGACUCGUUAACUGUUUGAUAUAACUUAUCUUCACGCAUACAACACUGUGUGAAGGAUUUCCCAUCAAUCUGAAUGUUUUGAAUGCAUGGAUGAGCAUGUUUUCUCUUAUUGAGGUGAAUGUGAAUCAUUAAGUUUCCCCACCUUUCCUGAAAAUAGACUUUGAGGCAAUCACAAGCUGGCUCUGAUUAUCACAAGGUACAGUGUGUGUAUAGCUGCAUUUGAUUACCACACAUGUUGACUGUUGCCAAGGCUACACUGGGGCAAGGGCAAGACACUGGCUGUAAAAAGCUAUUGCCUCUCAGGCUGUCCUAUGCUAGUCCUCCUGCUUUUGUUUCCUUGUAUGCAACAUUUUGAAGAGUAAUUCUAUUGCUAGGACAAAGUCCAGAGAUAAAUUAUAUGGGCAAGGGAUUUUAACACUAUGUCUUUAUCCGUUGAUGUCUGGUAUUAAAUUGUCAUGAUAAAAAUUAGGAUGCAGUACAAAAGACCAAUUAAAUAAGGAUUUUAUUUUACAAAGGUAUUUUAGACCCCCAGCAACUAGACCUAUCAUUAUUACUGAACCAGACAUGAGACCAGACAUGAACAGUCCAUUUCCAUUUCAUAACAUCUCAUAUAAACUUUUUCUCAAGUCAGCAUCAGAAUAAUUUGUAUGAACAUGUUUCAUUGCCUGUUAGCAAGACAUCUUCAACUUCUGGUAAAGUGAGGAAGAUGAGUCUUCUGUGCAUGAAGGUACAUGUCAGCAGCACAAUCAUGUAAACAAGCAUAAAUGCAUAACUUUUAUUGUUAUUUUGGUACUUAGUCAGAGGGUGGAGACUGAAAACAAGAAGAUAAAUUCAUUCCAUUCUACUAUGUCAAACCAAGAUAAAUAUAUAUGUCAAAUAUCUGGACAGGUCUUUUAGUGCUACUAAUUCAUGGAAGACAAGUGAUGGGAAGUUUGGCUCUUUUACUGACUUAUCUUUUCGACUCAUUCAGUCAAAAUAACGAAUCAUUUGACUCAUGUAGUAUCUGAACAUGUAUAGCUUUGGCUGAGGUUUUCAUAUUGUUGGUUAAAUACUUUGCUUUGCUGAAACUAUACUUUGCUUUGCUGAAACAUCUGGAAAGUGUUACUAUAGGGGCCCCCUAAAACAGUGGAGAUGGGGAUAUGUGGAGGCCAGGGAUUGGUCUAUUCAAAAUACGCCAUUUUGUGUUACAUAGGAUAUAUACCAUGUUUUAACAAAGGGACGAAGAGAGUGAUCAUAUUUGAGAUUGGGUUAGUUGCUCUCCAGAUUCUGCAGAAAUCUGUAAAUUGAUGCUGAAAUCUUUUGAUAUAAUAAAAGUUAUAAUCAAAGUACAGUGUCAGCGGAUUCCUUGUCAACACAGCAUUGCAGCAUCGUUGUUCGGCCACCACAGAAAUUGGCGACGAGGAUUUUGGGACGUGUUGCGUCUAUUUCAGCGUUACAUCAUGGGCUCCGAGCUGACUCUCGCUCCAGAGUCCGGCAGAUAAGGGUGAGCUUUCUCACAACUUUGGGCGCUGGUCAGUUCGUGUGACUGUGUGUGCGUUGGGGGGACGCACCGUGACGGACCUGUGUGUGCCGUGCUAUUUGCUGUGUGAUGAAUUUCCGUUCUAAAUUUCUAAAUUUGUUAGAAACAACGCAAACGGGGGGAGUAUGAAUAUAAUACAAGAUCUAAGGAAAAAAGGAAUUGAUAACACUGGGCCCAGGGAUAUUUGGCUUGAAUAAAAUUGAAGGGAAAAGGGAAUAGAAUGAAGGAAUAAGACAAGGAACUAAGGAAAAAUGUAUACUAAUUAGGACGUCGCUGAUCUAUGGAAGCCCUCAAACGAGGCGAUCAUUAGAUGGGCCACAAAUCCUGUGAAGUCACUAGGUGGAUUUUCGGGUCAGUCCAAGGGACUGUGAGUUUGUAGAAUAUACAUUCAAUUGUAUGUUACCUCUCGGUAUAUAGUUGACGAGGUAUAUGUCCGAAGUAGCCUCUCAUUGAAUAUCUGCAACUCAAGGUAGCAAAAAUUUAGGAAGGACAAUAAGGAAUGGUUCUGCAUGACCUGUUGAAACACACCCCCUCCGGCCACCCAGACUAUCCACUGCUGCUGGAUGCCCUGAGAAUCUCCCAGAACUUCCUGUCCAGCAUCAACGAGGAGAUCACCCCACGCAGGCAGUCUAUGACAGUGAAGAAGGGAGAG